AAAGUCAAUGAAACGUUAAAAUAAGCGAGUCAAAUACAUAACCUUGGUGUAAUCAACAAACUGCAUUUUUUUGUAUCAUUAUUUACUCUGACGUAUUUAAUUAGUCAUAUUCAUGCUUAUUUUGAAUACACUUUCCAUUCUACUUCAAGUGGCAUUCAUAGUGUGCAUGACCUUAGUGUCUAUGAACAUUCUUCGAUAUUUUACUGGACCUCUUCGAAAAAUGUCUGUGAUCGCUCCAGCGCUGUUCGUGAACCACGGUGGGGGACCUUUACCACUUCUCGGGGACAAGGACCAUGCAGAACUCACGAAACAUUUGCGUGACGAUGUGAAAAAGUACCUAGAUUUGUCUACCACAAAGGCCAUCAUUCUUGUUACUGCCCAUUGGGAAGAAGAGAGUGUGACUAUAUCUUCAGGUAAAAAACACAGUUUAUACUUCGAUUAUUACGGUUUCCCAGCCGAAUCGUACAAAUACAAGUACGAUGCUCCUGGUGACCCACACUUAGCUGCUCGUAUUCAAGCAGCGUUACAAAAAUCCAACAUAAAGUCCAAACUUGAUCCAGUUAGAGGCUGGGACCAUGGAGUUUUCGUUCCUAUGAUGCUUAUAAACCCUUCGGCAGACAUUCCUAUAAUACAAGUGUCCGUACUGAGCAGCCAGGAUCCUGAAGAACAUUAUAAAUUGGGGGAAGUCUUAUAUCAGUUCCGGAAAGAAGGCGUGGCUGUGAUGGGUUCCGGUAUGUCUUACCAUAACAUGAGAGAAUUUAUGUACGGACGCCACGGGAAAGUUGUGAACGAAGAGUUCGAUCAGUAUUUGUAUAAAGUUUGUACAGCCGAGGAUGAGGUGAAGAGAAAAGAGGGACUUAUAUCGUGGCGUGAUCAACCUGGAGCGACUCAUCCGGUGCAAGCUGCGGAACAUUUCAUGCCGUUGAUCGUAGUGGCAGGGGCGGGUGGGCCUAAAGCUGGUACGAGGGUCUUUAAGUGGGAUAUGAGCAAUUCGUUCAGGUUGAGUGGUUACGUCUGGAAGGAAUAGGUAGGAUUUUAAGACACUAUUCACAAAUAGCUUUAAGAUGUAUUAUUAUGCAGAAACGUUGAAGUACAUUUAAAAAUAUUAUUUGCAUUCUAUUAAUUUUUUACAAACGUUUUGGUGUUUAUGACAUGUUGAUACCAUAAAUUAGAGAAUCGAAUUGUUAGACUAAUUGAGAAAUAAACGUCCAACUAUACUCACAAACGCACCAGUAAGAUAAUGUUUAUUUAUUUAUUAGGUAUAUCAACAGCUUACUGAUUUAUUAAUAACUUAAUACUAUGGAAAGCCAAUGUUAUUUAAAUAGAACCGAAAAAUCGUUUGUGUUUGAGUCACACCUUUUUGUGUAACACUGUUGUCUGUUACCCAUUGGUAAAAAAAUACCGAUUUGUAACACUGUUACUCAAUGCCACAUUUUUUUCCCAUUGAGUGACAGUGUUUGUUUCAUGAAAUGCCGAAGGCAAAUUAGCUUCUUGUUCAAUUGAUAUUUCGACUAUGAUUGUUGCAAUAGGGUGACCAUCAUAAAACACAUGUUGGACAAUACAAUGGGUAAAUUAGCCACACAGCAGUUUUCUGUUGGAGGAGUUUUUGAUUGUUUUAAACUUUCAUGGUCACUAACAUUAGAAUAAUUAUUUUUUAAGGGAAAAUAAUUAUUCAAAUUUUGUUAUGGAAAAUCUUAUGUGAAUUAUGGUAACUAUUAUAAUUUAUUCAUGGUGUUGAAUCAUACAAUGAAUUGCAACAAGGUUGUGGGUUUUCCUCACAUUAAUCAUUUAUCUAUGUAUUGUUGUUGUUUAAGAGUUGGUUAGUAAUAAGGGAUAAAUAAAUUAUUUUUACAUUGCCAUGAAAA